CGUCAGACAUCAGCGCUACUUAUGAGAGACUUCACCAAAUUUUGGGACUUUUCCAACAUGAUUUGAGCGCGAUUUGACUUUGUUUGCUUGGUUCCGUUACCGUUGAUGUGUCUUCGCAUCUCUUUUUCCUCAGCUAGUGAUAAUGGAUAUCUUUUUCAUUACAGUGCUUAUUUUCUUAAUUAACGGGCUACAAGCAGCAUCCCGUUAUGAAAGAGACCUCAUGCCAUACAUGCCGAAUGUGUGCGCUGAGCGCGAGGUGAAGCUGGUGGCGCAAAGACAGCCGUGCGUCCAGGCCUUCUCGCGCAUGGUCAAGGUGUGGAAGCAGGGCUGUAUGGGCCAGUCCUGGUGCAUGGGAUAUGAGAGAAGAACUGCCUACUACACAGCCUACAGACAGGUGUACCGUCAGGACUACCAGACAGUGUAUAAGUGCUGCCCUGGAUGGUCCCAGCUCAACGGCGAGGCCGGCUGCCUCUAUCCGGUCUGCAGUUAUGGCGUGUGCUUUAAUGGCGGCGUGUGUCGAGUGGGUUCGGCCCAGCUCUGUGACUGUGCUGCGGGCUUCACUGGGGCCAGUUGCCAAUAUGAUGUGAAUGAAUGUGAGGAGACCAACGGGGGCUGUGAGGCGCUGUGCUGCAACACCAUCGGCAGCUUCUACUGCAAGUGCCCAGCUGGACAGGAGCUCAAGGAGGAUGGGAAAACCUGCAGGGAUGUUGACGAGUGCCAGGCUCAUAACGGAGGCUGCCAGCACAGAUGUGUCAACACCAGGGGCUCCUAUCACUGCGAGUGCAGACCAGGGUUUCGACUGCACGUGGACGGGCGCACCUGCAUCGCUGUAAACUCCUGCAGCCUGAGUAAUGGAGGAUGUGAGCACUUCUGCAUCCAGCAGUCUGCCGCCCACUACCAGUGCCGCUGCCGGCCCCACUACCAGCUCACUGAGGAUGGGAAACACUGCAGACUGCUGGACCCAUGUAAGCAGAGAAAUGGCGGCUGCAUGCAUGACUGCCACAGCGAUGGUGGGAGGGCGCACUGUGAUUGCCGUGCAGGAUACACCCUGGCAGUGGAUGGCAAGACAUGCCAAGACAUUGACGAGUGCGUGACAGGAGAGGGCGACUGCGCUCACGGCUGCCACAACACACCUGGCUCCUACGUGUGUGUGUGCAGCGCCGCCUACGAGCUGGGUACAGAUGGCAAGCAGUGCUAUCGGAUUGAAAUGGAGAUAGUCAACAGUUGUGAGACUAAUAAUGGUGGAUGCUCUCAUACGUGUCAGCACUCCAGCAAUGGACCAGUUUGCUCCUGUAACCAAGGUUACCGGCUAGAUGAUGACCUCAAGACCUGUAUUGACAUUGAUGAGUGCGGGGACGGGAGCUCAUGCUGUCAGCAAGACUGUACCAACUACCCUGGCGGUUACGAGUGCUACUGCUCAGCAGGCUACAGCCUCAACACUGACGGCUGCAGCUGUGAUGAUGUGGAUGAGUGUCUGGCUGAGAACGGAGGCUGUGAUCACACCUGUCAGAACGCGGCUGGAUCCUUUCAGUGCUUCUGUCGCCGUGGACACCGCCUGGACGAGGACCGUCGCUCCUGCCUCUUGUUAGGAAACACAGUGGAGGCCCUGAGUGGAAGUCCAAUAGUGGAAAGACCCCGGCCACAACUCACACUCCUCCAGGAUUACGACCAAUCACUGGCACUGCUGGAGCGCUAUGACGACUACGAGGAUGACGCUGGCGAACUGCGUGCAGAGAGCACUCUCAAGGAGAAAUAUGUGUGUGUGAAUGACACGUUUGGUUGGGACUGCAGUCUGACGUGUGAAGACUGCUCCAAUGGAGGAGUGUGUAACUCUCACAAGAGUGGGUGCCUCUGCCCCAACGGAUGGACUGGCGUCAUCUGCAACCAGACCUGUCCGGAGGGCAUGUUUGGCAAGAACUGCUCUCACAGCUGCAAGUGUAAGAAUGGUGCCAGCUGUGACCCAGUGAGCGGUCAGUGCCGAUGCCCGCCGGGCGUCAGUGGGGAGCUGUGUGAGGACGGCUGCCCUAAGGGCCUGUAUGGGAAGAACUGUAAUAAGAAGUGUAACUGUGCCAAUAACGGCCGCUGCCACCGUACCUAUGGAGCAUGUCUGUGUGACCCGGGCCUAUACGGACGCUUCUGCCAUCUACCCUGCCCUAAGUGGGCGUUUGGUCCUGGCUGCUCGGAAGAGUGCAAGUGUGUCCAGGAGAACACUCUGGAAUGCCACCGUCGCCAUGGCACCUGCUCCUGCAAACCUGGUUACCAAGGAGACACCUGCAAGGAAGAGUGUGACCCAGGCUCCUAUGGCACGGGCUGCCAGAGGAAGUGUGAGUGCCCGUCUGGCGUGAGCUGUCAUCACGUGACCGGAGCAUGCCAACGGCAGUGCCCUGCUGGGAAGAGGGGGGACAACUGUGAUCAGGACUGCCCUGAGGGGAAGUUUGGUCAGGGCUGCUCCCAGGCCUGUAACUGCACUGGCUCUCCCUGUGACAAGGUGACGGGCCAGUGCCUCUGUGUGAACGGGACCGCCGGGAGACGCUGUGAGAAGGUGUGUGAGGAGGGGCAUUGGGGCCCAGGCUGUAAGGAGAAGUGCCCCCAGUGUGAGAACAAAGGAGUGUGUGACCGACAGAACGGCACCUGCCUCUGCCCCGCUGGCUACAUGGGACGACUCUGCCAGAACGCAUGUCCCGCUGGUCGCUUUGGGCAGGGCUGCCAGCAGCGGUGUGUGUGUGAGAAUAACGGACGAUGCCACCCUGUGACCGGGCGCUGUCACUGUGCCCCCGGGUGGACCGGGUACAACUGCAGGAAAGUGUGUGACCCUGGCCAGUGGGGGGCAGACUGCUCUGAGGCGUGUGACUGCAGGAACGGGGGCGGGAGCUGUGAUGCAGUGACCGGCAUGUGCCACUGUGAAGCCGGCUUCACUGGGGACCGCUGUGACCAGAAAUGCCCUGCAGGUUCUUUUGGACCACGCUGUCGCCAGCGGUGUCAAUGUGACAACGGGGCGUCUUGUGACCAUGUCAGUGGGGCGUGCACCUGCAAAGUGGGCUGGACUGGAACCUUCUGUGAAAAACCGUGUCCUCAGGGGUUCUUUGGUCUUGACUGUCAGCAGAAGUGUGUGUGUCUGAACGGAGGGAGCUGCAACCACGUUACUGGGGAUUGUGUGUGUCCAGCGGGUUGGCUUGGACCUCAGUGUAAUCAGACAUGCCCUGCUGGUCUUUAUGGGGAAGGAUGUGCCCACAAGUGUGUGUGCCUGAACAAUGCCACCUGCAGUGCAGUGAGUGGACAGUGUGUGUGUGCGCCAGGCUGGAAAGGAGUGAAUUGCUCAGAGGCAUGUGUGGAGGGGUUCCACGGCACAGAUUGUCUUCAGCGCUGUCUCUGUCAGAAUGGGGGGACCUGUGACCCCAGCAGUGGUCGAUGCACCUGCCCCCACGGCUGGACUGGCACCGCCUGUGAGCUGGCAUGUGUGCCUGGCCAGUUUGGAGCAGACUGCCAACAGAGGUGCGAGUGUGAGAACGGGGGGCAGUGUGACAGGCAGACGGGCCAGUGUGUCUGCAGCCCUGGAUGGGUAGGAGAGCGCUGUGAGAAAGCAUGUCCAGCGGGCAUGUUUGGAGCCGAUUGCCAGCAGAGGUGUGUGUGUGAGCACGGAGCCCCCUGUAACCAUGUGACUGGGGUCUGCAUCUGCCCACCUGGAUGGAGGGGUCCUAAAUGUGACAGAGCGUGUCUCCCGGGGACGUAUGGUGAAGGGUGUUUCCACAGGUGCUCCUGUUCUCCAGGCUCCUCGUGUCAUCACAUCACUGGGGAGUGUGGCUGCCACCCUGGACUCACUGGCAAUGGCUGUGAGCAGACUUGUCUCUCUGGCACCUUUGGCCUGAACUGUAACCAGGUGUGCCAGUGUUCUGAGACUAACCAGCUGUGCCACCCGGUGUCAGGAGUGUGCUACUGCGCCCCCGGCUUCAGAGGCCCCAAGUGCAAACAGGAGUGUGAGGUGGGUUGGUACGGUCCAAACUGUGAGCGCAGGUGCCAGUGCCAGAAUGGAGGAGUGUGCCAGACUACGGAUGGCACGUGCCGCUGCCCGCCCGGCUUCAUCGGUGCCCACUGCAACGUCUCAUGCCCAGUGGGACUCUACGGGCAGGACUGUGCGAGCGUGGCACUGUGUGGAGAAGGGGCCCAGAACGAUCCGGUCACCGGCAGAUGUGUGUGCUCACCGGGACGCCAGGGGGAGGACUGUGGCCAAGGCUGUGCUCCAGGCUGGUAUGGCUCCGACUGUUCUCUGCGCUGCCACUGCCGUAACGGUGGUGUGUGUGACGCUGUGUCUGGAAACUGCACCUGUCAACUGGGCUGGAUGGGACUACAUUGUGAAAAAGAGUGUCCACAGGGGAGGUUUGGGCCCAGCUGUGUGCACAGGUGUGACUGUGAGAACAACAGCACCUGUGACAGAGUCAUGGGCACCUGCCAGUGUGCCCCAGGGUACUACGGGCACCGCUGUGAACACGCAUGUCCAGCCGGUUGGCACGGGCCACGCUGCCAGCUACGGUGUGACUGUUUCAACGGCGCCAAAUGCCACCCCAGCACAGGCCACUGUGUCUGCCCACCGGGAUACCAGGGCAUACGCUGUGAGAAAGAGUGUGGUCAGGGACGGUUUGGGCAGAACUGUUCUCAGGUGUGUCAGUGUGCAGAAGGUGUGCCGUGCGAGCCCGUCCGAGGCCAGUGCCUUUGCACCUCGGGGAAGACAGGGAGCAGGUGUGACACAGACUGCAGAGUGAACCGUUACGGGCCAGACUGCGUUCUGAGUUGUGAGUGUGAGAACGGCGCCCAGUGUGACCAGAGGAAUGGCCAGUGCACCUGCCUCAACGGCUGGAUUGGACUCACCUGCCUGGAAGGAGUGCCUCCCCAACAGCAACCAAGAAGCACUGCGGACCAAUCACAGCAUAGCAACUCGUUAUAGCCCCACCCACUGAUUGGACACCCCCCACCCCAUUCCUUCUGUGCACCAAUGUGAGGGCAGCAUGAGCCCCUCGAUCCAGGAAGAGACUGGAGAAGAAAUCAGGAUCUCAGUGAGCUACUCCCUGCUAGCGUGCUAUGGUAACUCCCUUAGCAGGAGCCAUGAUGACCACACUGACUCUCAGAUGAGAAUGGAUUAUUGUGUAAUGUGUGUGUAUUUAUGUGUACGUCUGUGUGUGUAUGUUUGCACACAGCUUGUUAAACUCCUGUGGCUGGUUCCCUUUAGCGUGGAUGAAGGACAUACUCAGUGAACAUGGUGCUCAGGUUCAAUGUAGCUCUGUAGUCGUACGCUGCCUCCUGUAGGUCAGACUGUGAACUGCACCCCCCCAGGCAGCAACAACAGCUAUGGCAGGAGGAGUUUCAGCGGUCAGGUAAAGGCUUUCCCCUCCGCUGGCUUGGAGCGCCGGGAGCCUCCAAAGGCCAGAGCAGCCGAUGCCAGAGCGGAUCUGGCCCUGAUGUGGGCCAUGUCUCAGCCUCCUCAGAUGGCAAAGCUGCAGGAGACUCCUCCCUGCUAGAGCCACGUUUGAAGACACGGAGCACUUUACCCCUGGGAGUCCUGACCACACAAACACACACUCAACACACACACCUGAUUACCUGCAGUGUGUUCCACUAAACACACUACUCUCACUGGACUAUUUCCAAGCAUACUGUACUUGACACAACACUAUCUUAUUUUUACUGUAGAUUUAAAGGAUGUGUACUGGAUAUCAAUGCAGUCUCUUUCAGUUAAUGUUUAAUUUGUUGAUUAAUGCUUUUGUUUCAGGCUGUUAACUUGCUUUAUUUUAUAUGCUUUCAUGCACAUAUGGCAACUUUUAAGAAUUACCCAUUUCAAGUAAGUGCCUAAUAUGUUGUAAAGUAAUAUAAUGUUCCUUCAACACAAAAUAAGUCCACAAAACACAAAAAAAUAUUUGCUACUAGAACAUUUAAAUCCAUGGUGGCCCCUUUUUUUCCAACAGCUGCCUCCUUUAUUGAUCAGGUAGUAGUUUGUGAUUGAGACUGAAGUGUGCCUUUCCCUAUAUGAGCCACAUACUGUAUAAGGAGAGCUACUGAUGCCCAGUGAGUACCGCAGCCUGCUGGACCAGAGUCCAUAGAGAUGCGUUUGCAGGGUUGUCCUCAUCCCACUGCUGAAGUCCAUAUUACCAUGUAGAGGUAUUGUGUGCUUUGGAUGCGCUCAUGUACUGGGUUACAGUGCUCUGGGUCAUGUACUGGGUUACAGUGCUCUGGGUCAAGGGACUGAGUACCCGGUCCCGGUCCCUUCUUCCUUUUUGUACGUCAUGUUCCAAACUAUCAGACUGUGGCGCACUCGUUUCCCUUUAAGAGAAGACUACAACACAAAAACAGUUGAAUGCAGAUGUAUUUAUAUCUGGAUGAUUUACACAUUAAUUUUUUGUUUCAUUUUAUUUUUAGAUCAGGGAUGUGUUGUAUUUCACAGUAAAAUGCUCCUGGCUUGGUAACCAGCUCCCAAUCAUCCAUUCUGCAUAUAUGUUGAUAUAUGUCUUAUCAAAUGGUGUAUUUGUAUAAAUAGUCACAUGUUGUGUAUUUAUAUUCCUGAUGAUGAGUGUAUUAUGUUUCAUAUGAAUUAUACACCAUAAAUGAUCAGACAAGUCUAAUCUUAGCACACCGACUGAUUCUAUAAAAUCUGAAUGAGGAGGGAAAUAAGUGUCUCUGUAGUGGUGUCCUGUUAUGUUACCUUGGUAGUACAGUUUGUCUGUGUUUAAGGUUUGACCAGUAUUUAAGGCAGACUUAAAGGACUACAGUACAUGGACAUAAAGGAAGGACAUACUGCAGAAUAAUAUAUUGUUGAAUUUGAAUUUAAUCUGGAUUCUUAGUCAUUAUUAUUUAAAGAUUAAUUACCUAAAUACUGGAAAUCAAUUACAGAUUAGGAUGAAUAUAAUAAGGAUUAGGAUGAAUUUUAAUAAAAUGUAUUUAAUGAUAUUUUU